AUGAAGUUUAUUCUAUCAGGAUUCGAGAAGCAGGAGGAAUUGUGCGACCAGCUUGUUACUAUCUUGCCCGUGCUCAAGGAGCAGCUCUGUCUCCACGGUGCUACCUCCAGUGCUUCAUGCAAGGGUCUUAGUCUCAAUUUUCCCAAAAUCAUGAAGACAGUUCGAUCGUUCGAAGACAUUUACGGACGUCUUGAUUUCGACAAUCUAGACUCUUGGCUGGAGCAGAUUAAACAGACGAUCAGGCACCACAAGGAAACCCUGCAGCAAAAUAUGCAGCUUAUGACCGACCUAGGGCUUGAUUUAAAUGCCUUGUCUGACUGGGAUUGGAAAACAGGAAAUCCGGAGACGCUUGUCGAAAAGGCGUCCCGAAACGCGCCUCGUCAUAAACUGAUGCGAAGCUUUUAUGGUCCGAACUGGUCGUCUCACGCUUACACGUUCAACGUCCUCUAUGGCCUUACAAAGUUGUUGUCAAAGAAACAACUACCCAUGAAGAUAUUCAAGCCCAAGAUUAACACGAUCGCGACUGAAAUCUUCGAUUUGUGGGAGACCCUCAGGCGGCUGGAUAGUCAAGGCAGAGUCAGAUCUUUCCAAGCGCAAUGGAGCCAACUGCACCCCGAAGCACGAAACCGUUGGCUUCAGCAGUUUAGGGAGUUGCAUCGUCGUCCAGAUUUGGCAAUUUGCAUAUUGGCGCAAAAUUCGAAGACGGCUUCGGCUCAAGAACCAUUUUUAUCCCCCUUGCUCAAUAUCGAGGACCUAGCACAAGCAAACGUUCUUCCGGAGUUUUUACAAAAUCGGUCCGCCAUACAUCCGAAGGCCUUCCUUUUCGCAGAUUCCCGCUUUGUGGCACUUGGAUACUGGCACUGCUUUUUCAAGAAAAUUGAAGUCGAGGGGAGAAUCUCGUUCUUCUCUGAUACCGACGCCAACGCAAGCAAUUCUCCGUAUGGGAUACAAUUCGAACUCGAUACUGUGAAAAAUUUACAUAUGACAAAUCCAGUCACGGGUUAUUAUUCCCUAAUGGCCCAAAAAAUGACGUAUGAGUUCCUCGUCUCAUGUCUUUCGGCCCCUAUAGAGCCUUGUGUCGAGCCCACUGCUGGCCCAAGAAGGGACAGCCCAAACCAGCUCCUCCCGAUCCUGAGUCUGUCUGCCCAGCAGCAAUAUGGGAGACCAGACCACAUUGAUUGGAGAAAUUUGAAAAAUAUUUCAAAGGCGUCUGCUGAUGAAGCCCUUGAUGAUCUCUGGCAGCUCCGCAAUGACGCAGAGUACUGGAACAUGCGAUUUACGGACAUGAAAAAGAAAACCUUGCCCUUUCUCUCUGCUGUUUUCGGGCGUAUAGAUGUGCUUCACACUAUCUAUCGGAAACUUGAUUCUUGCCGUACCGACCAGCAGACGAGCUAUGGUGAUGAUUUGUCGGUAAUCCAAGUACCUUCUGAUGAUGCCCAGAUCAAAGACGCCAUAUACAUGCAUUCUAUGUUUCGCUCUAUCCUCGAUGAGAUGCUUUCCUCGAUACAGAACAACGAGUGGUUACGCAGAGACCGGGAAAAUCGAACGUUGCAUUAUCUUUUCAACUUAAUGGCGGAAAAUCAUCCUACAAUACGAUUAAUGGGCUUUGGGCCGAUGCUGAGGACUAUCGACCGGGAACUUUCCGAUGGUAGUGAUCAGGAAGCGCUCCCACUCCCCAUCGCCCAAGCGCUCCAUGAUAUGUCAGUUGUCUCUGCUUGUACGCAAGCGACUGCCAAACACUAUAAUCUUAUUUCCUCUAUAGACGAUAAUUACGCCCGUUUGGCACUCGAUGCUACAUUGGAGUGGCAGAAACGCGAAAGACCGUGGCUAUUCCCUAUCUCAGGAUUUCUGAACAAGAUUAAAAGCAGGGAAUACGAGUUCAACAGACAGGCCCGAAUUGACAGUGUUUCCCUGGUAGAUCGCCACCGUCGGUUCUGGAAUAGUAUCGAUGAUUGCAUGCUAUUAUGGGACAACACCAACCCUAUUGUUCACAUGAUUUUCAGUCAGGCCCCGGUCCCGAGAGCAUCUACGUCAAAACCAGCGUCAAUCAUGGUGGAAGCGGGGUGGGGCUCGCCAGAUGCAAGCUCAAGGCCAACUGCUACACAGAAGAGGAAAUCGCGAAGACAGAAACCGUCGAAAAUUUCAGAGUCCUCAUCACUGGCGGCCGUCUGGUCCACCGAAGAUGAGCCGCGUAUUCGGCCUAAUGUUUAUAUCACAGAGGAAAGUGAUAUAGAGUAUUGGAGUCGCUUUCGCGAAAAAGGACAGGAGAGUUUCGACACUUGGGUAACAUUCCUGUCUCAUAUAGGUUUUAGCUGGGAACGAUCGUUAGGGUCCAUCCAUACUUUCCAACUCGAGGGCCCCGAGGGAGAUGCUCAUAAAAUUCUCUAUCAUGGACCGCACGGUCGGAAUGGGGAGAAGUUGCCGCAUGAUUUAGCACGACGAAAGUGGGUUAAUAGAUUGAAGAGACACUUCAACGUCAUUGUAUCGGAGAAAGGGGUCUCGGUUUGA